UUUUGCUGACAAGUAAAUGAGUUUUACUGUUUACCAUAUGUUUGGAGGAUUUUACCACUCACUAUUUUGCGCUAUUCAGGCGGAGUUUGUCCAGUGUCGACCUGCAACCUGACUGUGGGGUAGCACAGUGGUAGCAGCAACAGGCUUCCCUGGGUGUGAGCUGAACCGCAGGAGGCUGCAUUCUGCCAGAUCUGAAAUAAUCAUUGAAGAUGGACCCAGUACGAAACAGUUUCUUCGUUUUUGGCUCUUCUGGACUAGGAUAUAUCAAGAUUCUCACGAGCCUCCUGCCCAUUGCCAUGAUUGCUUUAGGGGCCCUGCACCUCCACGGCUGCCCCAAACAGCCCUACAUCCCCAUCUACCUGAUAGUGGGUGGGGUGUUCUGGCUGCUCGUAAACAUACUCUCAUUUUCGGGCUGCAGCCAGGCGGGGGAAGGAGUCCUUGGUUCCCUCUGCACUGCCUGCAACUUCCUGCUUUACCUGUUCCUCUUCUGCUGGUUCAUCACAGGAAGUGUCUGGGUUUACACCAUAUUUCCACCCAACUAUGAAUCUCCUUCCAAAGAAGACUAUUGUGAGAAGACCUUGUACCUGUUCACCUUCUGGUUCCAUAAUGCCUGCUACGUAAUGGCAACUCUGGGAAUGAUUUCUUGGUGCUGCUCAUUCCUCUACACAAAACUGGGUGGCACCUAAAAUAAGAAGGGCAUUCAAGAUGGUGUUUUGGGUGCAUAUCAGCAGAUGUUACGUCUACUCCCCCGGUCAGUGACGGAGCCUACAAAUAAUUAUGGUUUAUAACAUCUCUCCACCUAACACAGCAGAGGCACGGAUCAAUUAAAUCAAUGGAACAUCCCCUUUGAAGUCAGGGCUCUGAAGACAGGUCACAUGAUGUACUUAUGUG